UCAUCCCCAAGCAGCAGGCAUCAUCCCCAAGCAGCACGCAUCAUCCCCAAGCAGCACGCAUCAUCCCCAAGCAGCACGCAUCAUCCCCAAGCAGCACGCAUCAUCCCCAAGCAGCACGCAUCAUCCCCAAGCAGCAGGCAUCAUCCCCAAGCAGCACGCAUCAUCCCCAAGCAGCACGCAUCAUCCCCAAGCAGCAGGCAUCAUCCCCAAGCAGCAGGCAUCAUCCCCAAGCAGCACGCAUCAUCCCCAAGCAGCACGCAUCAUCCCCAAGCAGCACGCAUCAUCCCCAAGCAGCACGCAUCAUCCCCAAGCAGCACGCAUCAUCCCCAAGCAGCACGCAUCAUCCCCAAGCAGCAGGCAUCAUCCCCAAGCAGCAGGCAUCAUCCCCAAGCAGCAGGCAUCAUCCCCAAGCAGCACGCAUCAUCCCCAAGCAGCACGCAUCAUCCCCAAGCAGCAGGCAUCAUCCCCAAGCAGCAGGCAUCAUCCCCAAGCAGCACGCAUCAUCCCCAAGCAGCACGCAUCAUCCCCAAGCAGCACGCAUCAUCCCCAAGCAGCAGGCAUCAUCCCCAAGCAGCACGCAUCAUCCCCAAGCAGCACGCAUCAUCCCCAAGCAGCACGCAUCAUCCCCAAGCAGCAGGCAUCAUCCCCAAGCAGCAGGCAUCAUCCCCAAGCAGCAGGCAUCAUCCCCAAGCAGCGCGCAUCAUCCCCAAGCAGCACGCAUCAUCCCCAAGCAGCACGCAUCAUCCCCAAGCAGCAGGCAUCAUCCCCAAGCAGCACGCAUCAUCCCCAAGCAGCAGGCAUCAUCCCCAAGCAGCACGCAUCAUCCCCAAGCAGCGCGCAUCAUCCCCAAGCAGCACGCAUCAUCCCCAAGCAGCGCGCAUCAUCCCCAUGUGCGUGCCAAACGCUCCCCUUUUUUCGCUUGCUCCUCCCCCUUGCUCUCCUCCCCCUUGCGCUCCUCCCCCUUGCUCUCCUCCCCCUUGCUCUCCUCCCCCUUGCUCUCCUCCCCCUUGCUUUCCUCCCCCUUGCUCUCCUCCCCCUUGCUCUCCUCCCCCUUGCUCUCCACUGCCCGCUGCAGGUCUUUUCUCUCUCCUCUCUCCAAGUCUUCACAGAGUACGAGAUCGACACCUUGGUGUGCGGGGAUCGCCAGAUGUGGACGGAGGAGAUGCUAGCGGAGCACGUCAAGUGUGACCAUGGCUACACUCUUGACAGCGCCCCCAUCAAAUACCUGCUGAGCACACUAGCAGCCUUCACCCCGCAGGAGCAGCGCGCCUUCGUGCGCUUUGUCACGGGCGCGCCCUGCCUGCCCCCGGGCGGGCUGGCGGCGCUGCGGCCAAAGCUCACCAUCGUGCGCAAGCACCCAUCAUCAUACCCCCAGCCGCGACCCUCAUCCGAGGGGGAGCCUUCCACGUCGACAGCAUCACCACCAACAGCAGGGGGAGGGGGAGCGGGCAGUGCAGGGGGGUCGCCCAUGGGCAUGGCAGCGAGCGACAUCGACCUGCCAAGUGUCAUGACGUGCGCCAACUACCUCAAGCUGCCGCCCUACUCCUCCCAGGCGGUGAUGCGGCAGCGGCUGCUGUACGCCAUUUUCGAGGGGCAGGGCUCAUUCGACCUCUCGUAAGGCCAGGACAAGGAGAUCCCCCCAGGAAGCAUCUCACCUGUCCUGCCUCGGGCUACUGCAGAGCCCUGUCCUGCCUUGGGAUCAUCAUGGUAUCCAUAUCAAGAGACAGGCUGGCAGGGCAGCAUGCAGCACAGCGUCUCCUGUCUCCUGUCUCCUGUCUCCUGUCUCCUGUCUCCUGUCAUCUGGCGUCUGCACUGCAGUUCCCUCCUGACUUGUUCGGCCAAGGCUGGGCGAAGUGUAGGGUAGGGUCGGCCUGUUGGAAGGAAUCAAUCCAACAGGGGUCUUCUCUGCUGCUGCUGCUGUUGGUCAGUUUCUCGCUCUGCACUGGAUCAGUGCAUCUCAAUUCUCCUCCCUUAGGGAGUGAGUGGGAUUGGGUUGGGUCGGGUGUCCUGUCCUGUCCUCUCUCCUUGAUAGGCAGCUACCGGUAGUCCCCCUGCUGUCUGCAGCAGCCUAGCUUUUUGGUUCAUGCAGUAUGCGACUGAAAUCAGGCGUCUUUAGACAGGCAAGAGCAGUAUCGGUGGUGCCAUGCACAUACAGUACAGCCGUCCCUAUUCACUCAGUUUACGCAUGCUCUUCUAGAGGUGAUUGCGUACAUGGGGAUUGUAAAACUGUCCUGCUGCUGGAAGCGUGCAACCAGGCCCCCAAAUUGGUUUUUGGGGACGCUGAUUCAUCAGUGUCCCCUGCCAUUCCUUGGGUUGGUCAUCAGCGUCGCCCCGCGAAAAAAGGCUGAAAAAUCAGGGUAGCCUGAAAAAAAAUCGCUGAUCAAUCAGUGUUGUACCUGGAGUUUACGCUGAUCCAAAGUUUCCAUUGAACAUAGUAACGA